AGAGUGUGGUCACCCCACUAUCUUAUUAUUUCAUCACUAGUUCACUCUCUGUGUCUGUUUUAUUUCUUUCUGUGUGUGUAAUAUUUCUUCUUCAAUAAUAAGAUACAUAGAAUAUGCAAGGAGGAAUCAGAGCAUUCGUGUCAAAUGGAAGCAUUGUGAAGAAUGCAGUUCUCCAACAUGUUCGGUUGGUGAACCCCCUUCGACCACUAAUGUUGUCACGCCAUGAGUCAACUUCAGCUGCUCGUAUUGAAGAACAUGGUUUCGAAAGCACCAAAAUUGCAGAUGUAUUGAAUGCGAAGGGAAAGAGUGCUGAUGGGUCGUGGCUCUGGUGUACCACUGAUGAUUCUGUGUAUGAUGCUGUCAAGUCGAUGACGCAACACAAUGUUGGUGCGUUGGUUGUGGUUAAACCUGGCGAGAAAUCCUCCAUUGCUGGAAUUAUCACAGAAAGAGAUUAUCUCAGGAAAAUAAUCGUUCAGGGGAGAUCGUCCAAGUCAACUAAGGUCGGAGAUAUCAUGACCGAAGAGAACAAACUUAUCACGGUCACUCCAGAUACUAAGGUUCUGAAAGCGAUGCAGCUAAUGACAGAUAACCGUAUCAGACAUAUUCCUGUGAUUGAUGAUAAGGGAAUGCAGGGCAUGGUUUCCAUAGGAGAUGUGGUUCGUGCGGUGGUGAGUGAGCACAGGGAAGAGCUUGACCGUCUGAAUGCAUACAUACAAGGUGGCUAUUAGAAAUGGUUCACAACCAUAAGCUAUGGGUAACAGAACGGGGUAUCUUCCAUUUUAAUAACAAAGUAGUCACCUUAGGAGUGUGUAAAUAUUAUUAUGGCUUUUCAUGUUUCUUACAUUGCUAUUGAGGAUGUUGUAUCACCAGAGCGACUUGAUAAUAAAAAAACUUACAGAUGCUUGAAGCA